UGGUCUACAUUGCUGUCUCUGAUUACUUAUUUAAUACAGCUGGGUUUGUGUAUCAGUCAGCUGGAAAGCUUGUCUUCAAUGUGACUGAUGACAUGGUUCCAAAAAGUUCUCCAAUGAGACUGAACACCUCGGCUAUUGGAGUAUUUAUACCACAGUUGGCAAAAGAUGUACCCAGAUAUGCUCAUGAAGCUUAUGAUUACCUCACAUUCUGCCCCAUCUCUGAAUAUCAACCCAGGAAGUGUGAGCAUGGCACCACUGCUGGACAUUCAGGCCUAUGCAAUACUGCCAAAUUCUUCCCUGGCUCCUCUGUUCCUUUUAAGCCUGAAAACCGAUAUGUUGGCAAAUGUUGCAGUAAACUCUAGCAGGAUUGUGGGAAAACUGAAACUUAGCAGGGUAGUUAUUGAGCUGAAACAAUCUGAUGUAGGACCUUUCCCGGUGCUGCUUAUAGAGACUGCUGUGAAUAUUUACCUCUCGAACUUCCUUCUUCCUAAAGUCAAUGAAAUGCUUAAUAAGGGCUAUCCCUUACCUUUACUGGACCAUGUGCAGUUUGAAAACAUUAUUCUGAAGCAAAAUGAACACUACCUGUUGUUGGGAGCUGAUGUUCUCUAUGGAUGA